CCCCACUCUUCUCAGUUGAGAUUUGAACCAUCUCGAUCUCGCUGGAAUGGUUCACCAGAGUGUUGUCACGUGAGAGAUUCCUCAUGCAAUACUUCUUAGACACAGCGGUUAAAAUACAGUCGAGCGAUUGAUGCGCGCGAGUGUUUUCGAACCCGAUCUCUCAUUGUGGAGCACACGAGCGAUUGUCCCGAAUAGAAUCGAGUUAAUCAUGACGCGCGAAGAAGCACCUACGAUUUUCGAACGUUUUCAAAUGUUGAUGGAGGACGAAACGGGACCCGGUAAGAUGAUCACUUACGGAAUCGCCGGCGCGGGUUUAUUCGUUGCUCUGCACAGAAUCAGACCGUUUGCGAAGUUCACGAAACCGUCCAAUGUCCCACUUCAUUUCCUGCAGUCGCGAGUUCCACUCCAAGGCACUGUAAUGCGUGUGGAACCGAGCGGUGGUGUUCUACUGAUGGUCGAUCAUCGACCCUUACUGCCUUUUUUUCACUUUAGCAAUAAAAGUUACUUACCUGUAAAAAUCAGCGGCAUUAACGUCACGAGUAACGGUGUAAGUUGGUUACAGUACAUAGUCAAUGGAAAGAGUAUAACGUUUGUGCCCAUAGCCAAGGAGAACGAGUAUUUGGAGUGCAUGGUUUCGGUGCGACAGAAAAAUCAAGAUACGCUAAAACUUGGAGAAGAACUAGUCAGAUUAGGUUUAGGUACCGUGAGUCAGCCUAGUGCAAAGCUAAAUGACAAACAAUUACUAGCGUAUAACAAGUCUUUAGCGAGUGCGCAAAAGUGGGCUGCACGUAGAAGAAACGGAUAUUGGCAUUUUGUCAAACAACCAACCGUCCUGUGGAAAAUACAAAUGUUCGUGAUAGACAAAAUAAAUGCGCUUUUACCUACCUAUGUACAAAGACGCAUUAAUCUAUUCUUUACCACGUGAAAACUCUUCAAAACAUAUUAAUGCUAAAUGUGGCGCGCUAAAUGUUGAAUAUUCACGCAAAUGACAAAAUGAACAAAGUGAACUAUUUAAAAAGGUAAUUUUUAUUUAAAAGCCGAAUUAUACAACUUCUUAUAACUAUUUCACAUUUCUCGUGUCUGAUCAUAUAUUUAACAAAGUUAUCAUAAGAUUCACAAAACACAACAUAUAUAUAUAUAUAUAUGUAUAUUUUUUAUUUUAUUUAAGAAGUUUCUAUAUUUUAUUUAGACUGUAUUCAUGGAAUGGAGGUUUUUCUUAUAUUUAUUCACAAACUUAAAAACAUACAUUAUUUAUGAAUAUUCUUCCGCAAUCGCGGACAAAAACUUAUAUAUAUAUAUAAAAAAAAAAAAUAAGCGUCGGUAUCAACUCAGUGAAAUGUCAUUACUGCACAAACAGAAAUGCAAAAGAAUCAAAGUUCAAAAAAACAAAUUAUAUAUGCAUUUUAAUAUACUCGUCAAAAUGCUUGAUCGAUUAUUAGGUUUUCUUAUCGGUUAUCAUUUAAAACUUAUAUAAUCUCACAUAUAAUUCGUAAAUAACAAAAAAAAAAAAAAAGUAGUUUUCUCUUUCAUGU